UGCUGAGGAUUUUAUAGUUUCUGACUUCAUCAAACCGGCUGUGGAAAAAGUAGCGGACCCAAAUCAGUUCGGAACGGUAUUUGGAUCAUCCACUGUACUGGCACUCAUAAGCAUGAUACACAAUUGGCUUGAAGCAACAGACGGAAACGGAGCGUCAGUUCGGGUCCUUCUUUUUGAUUACCGAAAGGCCUUUGACCUAAUAGAUCAGUCCAUCCUAAUAUCAAAACUGAAUCAACUGGACAUUCCGAAGAGCGUUAUUAACUGGAUAGUUGACUUCCUUUCAAAUAGGUCUCAGAGAGUUAAACUUGGCAAUGACUGUUUCUCUUAGUGGAGCAAAGUGCCUGCUGGAGUACCACAGGGAACCAAACUGGGCCCCUGGCUUUUCCUUUUAAUGAUAAACGAUUUGUCAGUUUCGCUCGACAUUUUUAAUCUGUGGAAAUACGUUGACGAUACGACGGUAUCAGAAACCGUCCCGAAAGGAAAGAUUAGUCACGUGCAAAGUGCAGUUGACCAAGUACAGUCCUGGUCUGAGGAAAAUCUAUUUCAAUUGAAUUGCGCAAAAACCAAAGAACUGUUGAUCAGCUUUAGCCCUCAAUACCCCCAUUUUCCCAAAACCAACGUGGACGGGGAACAAAUUGAAUCUGUGCAGUGUGUUAAACUUCUUGGACUCAAUAUUAAUUCAACUCUAACUUGGAACAACCAUAUUACAGAAAUAAUAAAGAAAUCCAACUCAAAACACUAUUUUUUGAUUCAACUUAAGCGGGCUAAAGUACCUACAAUCGAUCUUGUAGCAAUCUAUUGCGCAACCAUCAGGUCCUGCCUAGACUACGCCUGCCCAGUGUUCCACCAUGCACUUCCGAAAUAUCUACAAGUCGAUAUGGAGAGAGUGCAGAAAAGAGCCCUCGCAUGCAUCUUCCCUGGAGCAUCAUACAAAGAAGCCCUCGAUCAAGCAAACAUCCCAAGCUUGAGAACCCACCAAGAACAGUUGACAUCGACACUUUUCCGAUCAGUUUUAGAAAACAAAAACAACAAAAUUCAUUCUUUAAUCCCAAAAAGUUAUCAGGCUAAUUACAAUUUUAGGAAACAGAGGAAUUUCAAUCUUAAUCGUUGUAAGACCGACAGAGCGGCAACAAGUUUCAUAAAUAUGUGUUGCAGAAACAGUUUGUACAAUUAAUUAAUGUGAAGUUACGCAAUUCAGUUUUAUCUGCAAUGUAAUUUUAAUAAAACACAGUCUAUCUAUCUCUCU